AUGUGUGCCUAAGGAAGGCUUUUUCAACUAGUAGGAUGCUUGUCUGCACUUGCGGCUACCCAACGGCUGAAGAGCUCGAAGUCUAGUGCUCCGCCUUCCCGUGGGACCAUUUCCGAGUGUGGGCACACACCUAUGCCCGCGUGUGUGCAGGUGUGUGCUCCUGGGGGGCUUGGCCUGGGACCUUGGUACGUUGUGGUGAAUUAUGGUGCUGCAGAGGCUGGAGCAAGAUUACGACCUAGCUCGGGGGUGGAGUGGAUUAUUUUGUGAGUGUUCUGGCUGCCAGCCAUUGCCCUAGCGGGGAAAAUCACAUCCCCAUCUAGCUCUAAAAUCACCUGGUUUGCUGGGGAGUGGAAACUGAGCCGCGGCAACUGCUUCUGCUGCUUCCCUCUGCAAAAAUGGCUCACGCUGCUGCUUCUGUUAAAAAAGUUCGAGAGGCUGAACUGGAUGAAAAGGAAAAAAUCCUUGAGAGAGAGAGAAAAAAACAACGGAAAAUCCCCAGGGAACGUAUGGAACGGAAAAGAAAGUCUGACAGCAAUGCAAGCUUCCUCCGUGCUGCCAGAGCAGGCAACUUAGACAAAGUAGUGGAAUAUCUCAAGGGGGGCAUAGACAUCAAUACCUGCAACCAGAAUGGACUCAACGCUCUCCAUCUGGCUGCCAAGGAAGGCCAUGUGGGGCUGGUUCACGAGCUACUGGGAAGAGGGUCCGCUGUGGAUUCUGCCACUAAGAAAGGAAAUACUGCUCUUCACAUUGCAUCUUUGGCUGGACAAGCAGAAGUUGUCAAAGUUCUCGUUAAGGAAGGAGCCAAUAUUAACGCACAGUCUCAGAAUGGCUUCACUCCUUUAUACAUGGCUGCCCAAGAGAACCACAUUGACGUUGUAAAAUAUUUGCUGGAAAAUGGAGCUAAUCAGAGCACUGCUACUGAGGAUGGCUUUACGCCCCUAGCGGUGGCACUCCAGCAAGGACACAACCAGGCAGUGGCCAUCCUCUUGGAGAAUGACACCAAAGGGAAAGUAAGGCUGCCAGCUCUGCAUAUUGCAGCUAGGAAAGAUGACACCAAAUCUGCUGCACUCCUGCUUCAGAACGAUCACAACGCUGACGUACAAUCCAAGAUGAUGGUGAAUAGGACAACCGAGAGUGGUUUCACCCCUUUGCACAUCGCUGCCCACUAUGGAAACGUCAAUGUGGCAACUCUUCUUCUAAACCGGGGAGCUGCUGUGGACUUCACAGCCAGGAAUGGAAUCACUCCUCUGCAUGUGGCUUCCAAAAGGGGAAACACGAACAUGGUGAAGCUCUUACUGGAUCGUGGUGGUCAGAUCGAUGCCAAAACCAGGGAUGGCUUGACGCCCCUUCAUUGCGCUGCAAGAAGUGGACAUGACCAAGUGGUGGAGCUUCUGCUGGAGCGGGGGGCUCCCUUGCUGGCAAGGACGAAGAAUGGGCUGUCUCCGCUUCACAUGGCUGCCCAAGGAGACCACGUGGAAUGUGUGAAGCACCUGCUCCAGCACAAGGCGCCUGUUGAUGACGUCACCCUGGACUACCUGACGGCCCUCCACGUUGCUGCACACUGUGGUCACUACCGUGUAACCAAACUCCUUCUGGACAAGAGAGCCAAUCCAAACGCCAGAGCCCUGAAUGGUUUUACUCCACUGCACAUUGCCUGCAAGAAAAACCGCAUCAAAGUCAUGGAACUGCUGGUGAAAUAUGGGGCUUCAAUCCAAGCUAUAACAGAGUCUGGCCUCACACCAAUACAUGUGGCUGCCUUCAUGGGCCACUUGAACAUUGUCCUACUUCUGCUGCAGAAUGGAGCCUCUCCAGAUGUCACUAACAUUCGUGGGGAGACUGCACUGCACAUGGCAGCCCGGGCGGGGCAGGUGGAAGUGGUCCGAUGCCUCCUGAGAAAUGGUGCCCUUGUCGAUGCCAGAGCCAGGGAGGAACAGACGCCUUUGCAUAUUGCCUCUCGCCUGGGUAAGACAGAAAUUGUUCAGCUGCUUCUACAACAUAUGGCUCACCCAGAUGCGGCCACUACAAAUGGGUACACACCACUGCACAUCUCUGCCAGGGAAGGCCAGGUAGACGUGGCAUCAGUCCUGCUGGAAGCAGGAGCCGCCCACUCCUUAGCUACCAAGAAGGGUUUCACACCCUUGCACGUAGCAGCCAAGUAUGGAAGCCUGGAUGUGGCAAAACUUCUCUUACAACGCCGUGCUGCUGCAGAUUCUGCAGGGAAGAAUGGCCUUACCCCGCUCCAUGUUGCUGCUCAUUAUGACAACCAGAAGGUGGCGCUGCUGUUACUGGAGAAGGGUGCUUCCCCGCAUGCCACUGCCAAGAAUGGCUAUACUCCUUUACAUAUUGCUGCCAAGAAGAAUCAAAUGCAGAUAGCUUCCACACUCCUGAACUAUGGAGCAGAGACGAACAUUGUGACAAAGCAAGGAGUCACUCCACUCCAUCUGGCCUCGCAAGAGGGGCACACAGAUAUGGUCACCUUGCUUCUGGAUAAGGGAGCAAAUAUCCACAUGUCAACCAAGAGUGGACUCACAUCCUUACACCUUGCAGCCCAGGAAGAUAAAGUGAAUGUUGCUGAUAUUCUCACCAAGCAUGGGGCUGACAAGGAUGCUCACACAAAGCUUGGUUACACUCCUUUAAUUGUGGCCUGUCACUAUGGAAACGUGAAAAUGGUCAACUUUCUUCUGAAGCAGGGAGCAAAUGUCAAUGCAAAAACCAAGAACGGCUACACGCCUUUGCACCAGGCCGCCCAGCAGGGCCACACGCACAUCAUCAACGUCCUGCUGCCGCACGGGGCCAAGCCCAACGCCACCACCGCGAAUGGCAACACUGCCUUGGCGAUUGCUAAGCGUCUGGGCUACAUCUCCGUGGUGGACACCCUGAAGGUUGUAACCGAGGAGGUCACCACCACCACCACGACUAUCACUGAAAAACACAAGCUAAAUGUUCCUGAGACCAUGACCGAGGUUCUUGAUGUUUCUGAUGAAGAGGGUGAUGACACGAUGACAGGUGAUGGGGGAGAGUACCUUAGACCUGAGGAUCUAAAAGAACUGGGUGAUGACUCCCUACCUAGCAGUCAGUUCCUGGAUGGGAUGAAUUACCUGAGAUACAGCUUGGAGGGAGGACGCUCUGACAGCCUUCGAUCCUUCAGUUCCGACAGGUCUCACACCCUGAGCCAUGCCUCAUACCUGAGGGACAGUGCCAUGAUUGACGACACAGUUGUGAUCCCCAGUCACCAGGUGUCAACUCUAGCCAAGGAGGCAGAAAGGAAUUCUUAUCGUCUAAGCUGGGGCACUGAGAACUUAGACAACGUGGCUCUUUCUUCCAGCCCUAUUCAUUCAGGCCGCACCUCUCCAUGUCUUGAUCGUGACAACAGCAGUUUCCUGGUUAGUUUUAUGGUGGACGCCCGAGGUGGUGCCAUGCGAGGAUGCAGACACAAUGGGCUCCGCAUCAUCAUUCCGCCUCGGAAAUGUACUGCCCCAACACGAGUCACCUGCCGACUGGUCAAACGCCAUAGACUGGCGACAAUGCCUCCAAUGGUGGAAGGAGAAGGCCUGGCCAGUCGCCUGAUUGAAGUCGGACCUUCGGGUGCUCAGUUCCUUGGUAAACUUCACCUGCCAACGGCUCCUCCCCCACUUAAUGAGGGAGAAAGUUUGGUCAGCCGCAUCCUUCAGCUGGGGCCUCCUGGAACCAAAUUCCUUGGGCCUGUGAUCGUGGAGAUCCCUCAUUUUGCUGCCCUUCGAGGAAAAGAGAGGGAACUGGUUGUCCUGCGCAGUGAGAAUGGGGACAGCUGGAAAGAGCAUUACUGCGAAUACACUGAAGAUGAACUGAAUGAAAUCCUUAAUGGCAUGGAUGAAGUGCUGGAUAGCCCGGAAGACCUAGAAAAGAAACGGAUCUGCCGCAUCAUCACCCGUGACUUCCCACAGUACUUUGCAGUGGUGUCUCGCAUCAAACAGGACAGCAACCUGAUUGGCCCAGAGGGAGGCGUGCUGAGCAGCACAGUGGUACCCCAGGUGCAGGCCGUCUUCCCAGAGGGGGCACUAACCAAGCGGAUCCGUGUAGGCCUACAGGCUCAACCUAUGCACAGUGAUUUGGUUAAGAAGAUCCUAGGCAACAAAGCUACCUUCAGCCCUAUAGUCACUUUGGAACCUAGAAGAAGAAAAUUUCACAAGCCAAUUACCAUGACUAUUCCUGUCCCCAAAGCUUCAAGUGAUGUCAUGUUGAAUGGUUUUGGGGGAGAUGCACCAACCUUAAGAUUACUAUGCAGCAUCACAGGUGGAACCACCCCUGCUCAGUGGGAAGAUAUUACAGGAACUACGCCAUUAACAUUUGUCAAUGAAUGUGUUUCCUUUACAACCAAUGUGUCUGCCAGGUUCUGGCUGAUAGAUUGUCGACAAAUCCAGGAGUCCGUUACCUUUGCAUCACAAGUGUAUAGAGAAAUUAUUUGUGUACCAUAUAUGGCCAAAUUUGUAGUGUUUGCCAAAUCACAUGACCCCAUUGAAGCCAGGUUGAGGUGUUUCUGCAUGACUGAUGAUAAAGUGGAUAAGACGCUUGAACAACAAGAAAACUUUGCUGAGGUGGCCAGAAGCAGGGAUGUGGAGGUAUUAGAAGGAAAACCCAUCUAUGUUGAUUGUUUUGGCAACCUGGUGCCAUUAACCAAGAGUGGCCAACAUCAUAUAUUCAGUUUUUUUGCCUUCAAAGAAAACAGACUUCCUCUCUUUGUCAAGGUACGUGAUACAACUCAGGAACCUUGUGGACGACUAUCAUUUAUGAAAGAGCCAAAAUCUACAAGAGGCCUGGUGCAUCAAGCUAUCUGCAACUUAAACAUCACCCUGCCAAUUUAUGCGAAGGAAUCAGAGUCAGAUCAAGAACAGGAGGAAGAGAUCGAUAUGACAUCAGAAAAAAAUGAUGAGACAGAAUCUACAGAAACAUCUGUCCUGAAAAGUCACCUGGUUAAUGAAGUUCCUGUCCUAGCAAGUCCGGACUUGCUCUCUGAAGUUUCUGAGAUGAAACAAGAUUUGAUCAAAAUGACUGCCAUCUUGACCACAGAUGGAUCCGAUAGGGCAGGUUCCCUCAAAGUGAAGGAGCUGGUGAAGGCUGCUGAGGAAGAGCCAGGGGAGCCUUUUGAAAUUGUUGAAAGAGUUAAAGAGGACUUAGAGAAGGUGAACAAAAUCCUGAGAAGCGGAACCUGCGUGAGAGAUGAAGACAGUGUGCCAAGGUCCCAGCCAGAGAGAGAAUUAGUGGAAGAGGAAUGGGUUAUUGUCAGUGAUGAGGAAAUAGAGGAGGCUAAGCAAAAAGCAUCUUUAGAAAUCACCGAAUACCCAUGUGCAGAAGUUAGAAUAGAGAAAGAGACCAAAGCAAAAGUAGAGAAAGACUCAACAGGGCUAGUGAACUACCUUACCGAGGAUCUAAAUUCCUACGUGUCUCCUCACAAAGAGCCGCCGCAGACAGUGCAAGAUCUGGCAGGGGAGAAACGUGAGGCUCUGGGUCCUUGCAGGAGCUCUGAAAGCGAAGGGAAAGCUAAACAAGCAGCUUCAGAGGAGACACAGAGCACACAGACACAGCCCAAACCAAGCCUGGGCAUAAAGAAGCCAGUGAGAAGGAAACUAAAAGAAAAACAGAAACAAAAAGAGGAUAGUUCACAAGCUAGUGCAGAAAAAACUGAACUUAAAAAAGGUAGUUCAGAAGAGUCAUUAGAUGAGGACCCAGGUUUAGCCCCCGCGCCUCUUCCCCCUGUAAAAGCUACGUCACCUUUGAUAGAAGAAACUCCCAUUGGUUCCAUAAAGGACAAGGUGAAGGCCCUUCAGAAACGAGUGGAAGAUGAACAGAAAGGGCGAAGCAAGUUGCCUGUCAGAGUCAAAGGCAAAGAAGAUGUGCCAAAAAAGAUAACACAAAGGACACAUCUAGCUGCAUCCCCCUCUCUGAAGUCCGAGAGACAUGCGCCAGCGUCACCCUCCUUGAAAACAGAAAGACACUCUUCUCUUUCCUCUUCUGCAAAAACUGAGAGGCACCCUCCAGUAUCACCAGUGAGUAAAACCGAGAAACACUCACCCUUGUCACCCUCUGCAAAAACUGAAAAGCACUCACCUGUGUCAUCGUCAAGUAAAACUGAGAAACACUCACCCUUGUCACCCUCCGCAAAAACUGAAAGACACUCCCCUGUAUCCUCUUCUACAAAAACAGAAAGACACCCACCUGUUUCGCCUUCAGGUAAAACAGACAAACGCCCACCCAGCUCGCCCUCUGGGAGAACAGAGAAACAUCCACCCGUGUCACCUGGCAGAACAGAGAAACGGUUGCUUGUAUCACCAGCUGGAAGAAUGGAAAAGCAUUCACCUGUCUCAACCUCUGGGAAAACCGAGAAGCACCUGCCUGUGUCACCUUCUGGGAAAACAGACAAGCAACCAGCUGUCUCCCCCACCUCAAAAACAGAAAGAAUCGAGGAGACAAUGUCUGUUCGGGAGUUGAUGAAAGCUUUCCAGUCAGGUCAGGACCCAUCUAAACAUAAGACUGGACUCUUUGAGCACAAAUCCGCAAAACCAAAACAGCCACAAGAAAAAAGCAAAGUUCGGGUAGAAAAAGAAAAGGGGCAGAUAGUAACCCCGAGAGAAACGCAUAAAACAGAGAGUCAGACAAUCAAACGAGGCCAGAGAUUCCUGGUCACGGGACCUUCAGAAUCCAGAAGAGCGGUCCGUGCUUCCUCCGCAGGGUUUAAGAGAGAAGAUGUAGCUGAAGGAAAGGAGAAAGCGCUCAACCACAAAACACCCGAACCUGUUCAGCCAGCACCUGAAGAAGAAAGCCAUAAAGAUAGUGAAGUCCCCAAAGAAAAGCUGGCUGAUGAGCAGGGAGACAUGGAUCUCCAGAUCAGCCCAGACAGGAAAACCUCCACUGACUUUUCUGACGUCAUUAAGCAGGAACUGGAAGACAAUGACAAAUACCAACAGUUCCGCCUGAGUGAAGAGACUGAGAAGGCGCAGCUGCACUUAGACCAAGUGCUCACUAGUCCUUUCAACACAACAUUCCCGCUAGAUUACAUGAAAGAUGAGUUCCUCCCAGCCCUGUCUUUACAGAGUGGUGCCUUACAUGGCAGUUCGGAAAGCCUGAAGCAGGAAGGGGUAGCAGGUUCUCCGUGUGGCAGCCUGAUGGAAGGAACCCCUCAGAUUAGUUCAGAAGAAAGCUAUAAGCAUGAGGGCCUAGCAGAGACCCCCGAGACAAGCCCAGAAAGCCUUUCUUUCUCACCAAAGAAAAGGGAGGAGCAAAUUGAGGAAACAAAGGAAACUACCAAGUUAAAAACACCACCAGAAAUUCAUUCUGAAAAAGGACAUCCCUCAACCAAAGACGUUACUGAUGGUUCUGAAGGGCAAGGUGCUGCAGUCACGGGGGGCACAGAGCCCUCUGCUGAGUGUUUGCUGAAGGAGGUCACCCUAGACCCUUCCAAAGACACAUGCCCCCCACAAGAAGGUGACGGCCUUGGCAGCCAAGGCGUAUCAUUAGCAAAAGAAACAUCCGAAGGACUGACUGAGGAAGUGUCCUGUGAUGAAGGUCCACUUAAAUAUGUUAGUUCAGCCCAUGAGACACAAAUGGAUACUGAAGCUCAGGGAUCCACAGCCACCGAGCCCUCAGAUGAGAUGAAGGCCUUGCCGCUGCCUGAUGCUGCUGUAGAGACAGGCCCAAGGGCUGAGCCAAAGCCCCAGGGGGUCAUUAGAAGUCCCCAAGGCUUAGAACUCGCACUCCCUAGCCGUGAUAGUGAGGUCCUCAGCCCUGGGGCUGAUGAGUCCUUCACAGUGAGCCACAAAGACUCCCUGGAAUCCAGCCCAGUGCUGGAGGAUAACUCCUCACACAAAACUCCUGAUUCUCUGGAACCGAGUCCUCUGAAAGAAUCCCCUUGCCAUGAUUCUCUUGAAAGCAGCCCUGUUGAACCAAAGAUGAAGGCUGGAAUUCUGCCGAGUCACUUUCCUCUUCCUUCAGCCGUUGCCAAAACAGAAGUCUUCACGGAAGUGGCCUCUAUGCGGUCCCGGCUGCUCCGAGACCCAGACGGCAGUGCUGAGGAUGACAGCCUUGAGCAGACGUCACUCAUGGAGAGCUCAGGGAAGAGCCCCCUUUCCCCUGACACCCCCAGCUCCGAAGAAAUUAGCUAUGAGGUCACACCCAAAACCACAGAUGCAGGCACCCCCAAACCAGCUGUGAUUCCUGAAUGUGCAGAGGAGGAUGACUCAGAAAAUGGGGAGAGAAAGAGGUUCACACCUGAAGAGGAAAUGUUUAAAAUGGUAACCAAAAUCAAAACGUUUGAUGAACUUGAACAAGAAGCAAAGCAGAAAAGGGACUACAAAAGAGAAUCCAAGCAAGAAGAAUCUUCUUCAUCCUCUGAUGCAGAUGUUGACUGUUCAGCAGACAUGGAUGAAACAAAACACACGGAGAGUGUAGAGGAUGAAAGCGAUGUCCCUGUGGUUGUAACAUCAGAGAGCAGAAAGGCUUCUUCCUCCUCAGAAAGUGAACCUGAGUUGACACAGCUGAAGAAAGGUGCUGACUCAGGCCUCUUAUCAGAGCCAGUUAUUCAAGUGCAACCCCCUUCCCCACUUCCAUCCAGCAUAGACUCAAAUUCCAGUCCCGAAGAAGUACAAUUCCAGCCUGUUGUUUCCAAACAAUACACUUUUAAGAUGAAUGAAGAUACUCAGGAAGAUUCAGGUAAAUCAGAGGAAGAAAAAGAUCGUGAAUCUCAUUUAUCUGAAGACAGUCAUACUGUUUCUACUGAUGGCCCAGAGAUGUCUUAUGAUGAUCUAAACAGAGAUGCUGAUCAACAAAAACUUUGUGAUGACCGUGAGUAUGAAGCAGGGAGUCCCAGCGGCUCAGCCACUCCUGUCUCUUCAGGUCUCCGCAGUUCCACUGGUGAUGAUGUCAGUGAGCAGCUAGUUAUCCAUAAGGAAUCAUUAGCUCUCCAAGACACUGGUGGAAAAGAUACAGAAGAAGAGCUUGAUGUUUCUGGAGUCGAAUCUCCACAAGUAGAUUGCCCCAGUGAAAGCUCUUCAUCUUUGUCCUCUUUGCAUCGUUGUCCAGCAUCUGAAGCAAAAGAAUUAGACGAAGACAUAGUCUCUACAUCUUCUGCUACAAAAAUGGAGGUCACAAAACCUGACCAAGCUUUUGAGAGCUUACCAGAGGACCGGUCCACUCUAGACUCAUCCAUUACUACUCAAACUGAUAGAUCGUCCUUGGAUGUUCCAGUGUCUGACCCAGCGGAGACUGAUGAAAUCUCUGAUCCUCAAAUCAUAAGCCCUUAUGAAAAUGUUCCUUCUCAACCUUUUUUCUCUAGUGAAGAAAGCAAAACCCAAACAGAUACAAGACACACAAGUUUUCACUCUUCUGAAGUGUCUUCUGUUACCAUCACAUCCUCCACUGAAGACGCAGAAGUGACAAGCGCCUCUGGAAGAACUGUUUCAAGUGAAGAAUCUAAUUUUGAGGACGAGAACCUGGACGUAGAACCCAAACAAGAAAGUACCUUGUGGGAAAUGCAGUCGGAUAGAGCCUCCUCAUCUUUAGAGCCAACCGUACCAAAUGCAUCAACAGUUGCUGGUGAACAGAGAAGCAAAGUCAUCAUCACAAAAACUGAUGUAGAUUCUGAUUCCUGGAGUGAAAUCCGUGAGGAUGAUGAAGCCUUUGAGGCUCGAGUGAAAGAGGAAGAACAGAAGAUAUUUGGUUUGAUGGUAGACAGACAGUCGCAGGGUACCACCCCUGACACCACUCCUGCUAGGACCCCAACUGAAGAGGGGACCCCAACCAGUGAGCAAAAUCCGUUUCUCUUUCAGGAAGGAAAAUUGUUUGAGAUGACCCGAAGUGGUGCCAUUGAUAUGACCAAAAGGUCCUAUGCAGAUGAAAGUUUCCACUUUUUCCAAAUUGGGCAGGAAUCCAGGGAAGAGACUCUCUCUGAAGACAUGAGAGAAGGGGGUACUGGUGCUGAGCCCCUACAGCUGGAGACAUCGGCUGAGUCAUUAGCACUCUUAGAAUCGAAAGAAACAGUGGAUGACGAAGCAGAGCUACUCCCCGAUGACCUGAGUGAGGAAGUAGAAGAAAUACACGCUUCAGAUGCUCCACUUAACUCCCAAAUGGAGAUUUCAUCCUCCAUUGAAACAUCAGUGAAAGAGGCACCUUCUGUGGGAGCUGAGGACCUCCCCUCCGUGGGAAUGGGUGACACACCUCCCCUGUCCAGUGUGAAGCAGACAGCUUGCCCCGACUCCCCUAAACCGGUUGGACAAGUUCAGUUAGAUUUUUCCACAGUCACUAGGUCUGUAUAUGCAGAUCGGGGUGAUGAUUCUCCCGAUUCAUCCCCAGAGGAACAGAAAUCAGUCAUUGAAAUCCCUACUGCACCCAUGGAGAAUGUGCCUUCUACUGAAAGCAGGUCCAAAAUCCCUGUAAGGACUAUACCCACUUCAACCCCAGCACCUCCAUCUGUGGAGUAUGAGAGCUCCCUUUCUGAAGAUUUUCUACCCAGCCUGGAUGAGGAAAGUAAACAGGAUGAAACAAAACCAAAGUCUAAAAUCCCCACGAAAGUGCCCGUCCAAAGAGUCGAGCAGCAGCCUUCGCAUCUAGACCUGUCUCUACAGAAAACAGAGGCUCCUCAGGGACAGGACAUGACAAGCAGAGCGCCAAGUAAUAGAAGCAAACCUGAAUCUGAUGCCAAUUUGGACGCAAAGACCAAAUGUCCAGUAAAAACUAGAAGUUACAUUGAGACAGAAACAGAAAGCACAGAGUGGGCAGAGGAGCUUGAGUUAGAAUCAGAGGAAGGGGCCACAAAACCAAAGAUAUUUGCAUCCCGAUUGCCAGUAAAGAGCAAAAGCACCACAUCUUCCUGCAGGGGGCCCACAAGCCCCACAAAAGAAAAUAAGGAGCAUUUCUUUGACCUUUACAGGAACUCCAUAGAAUUCUUUGAGGAGAUUAGUGAUGAGGCUUCCAAGUUAGUGGAUAGACUUACACAGUCAGAAAGGGAGCAGGAGUUAGUUUCAGAUGACGAAAGUAGUAGUGCCCUGGAAGUUUCAGUAAUUGAAAAUCUGCCACCUGUUGAGACCGAGAACUCAAUUCCUGAGGACAUCUUUGACACAAGGCCCAUUUGGGAUGAGUCCAUUGAGACUCUGAUUGAACGCAUCCCUGAUGAAAAUGGCCAUGACCAUGCUGAAGAUCAACAGGAUGAGCAGGAACGGAUUGAGGAAAGGCUGGCGUAUAUUGCUGAUCACCUUGGUUUCAGCUGGACAGAAUUAGCAAGAGAACUGGAUUUCACUGAGGAGCAAAUUCAUCAAAUUCGAAUUGAGAACCCUAACUCCCUCCAAGACCAGAGUCAUGCACUAUUGAAGUACUGGCUAGAAAGGGAUGGGAAACAUGCGACAGAUACCAGUCUCAUUGAAUGUCUCACCAAGAUCAACCGAAUGGAUAUUGUUCAUCUCAUGGAGACCAGCACAGAGCCUCUCCAGGAGCGCAUCAGUCAUAGCUAUGCAGAGAUUGAACAGACCAUUACACUGGAUCAUAGUGAAGGGUUCUCAGUACUUCAAGAGGAGCUCUGCACCGCCCAGCACAAGCAGAAGCAGGAGCAAACUGCUUCUAAGGAGGACGAGUCCUAUGAUCACCCUCCCAUCGUCUCGGAGGAAGACAUUUCUGUCGGUUACUCCACUUUUCAGGAUAGCAUCUCCAAAACUGAGGGCGACGGCUCAGCAACAGAGCUCCUUCCCCAAACUCACAAGGAACAAGUUCAACAGGAUUUCUCAGGGAAAAUGCAAGAUCUGCCUGAAGAGUCAGCCCUCGAACAGCAGGAAUACUUUGUGACAACCCCAGGGACAGAAGUGUCAGAGACUCAAAAGGCUAUGGCAGCAUCUGGCUCUCCCACCAAGACACCUGAGGAAAUCACCCCUACUGAGGAGGAGAGGCCAUAUCUCCAGACCCCGACAUCAAGUGAGCGGGGAGACUCUCCCAUUGUGCAAGAACCCGAAGAGCCCCCAGAACGUAGGGAAGAGAGUUCGCCUCGAAAAACCAGCCUCGUGAUAGUGGAGUCAGCCGAUGACCAGCCACAGGCCUUUGAAAGGCUCGAUGAAGAUGCUGCUUUUCAAAAGGAGCUAACAGAGGAAUUAGGUGAGCUGGAGGCCAGCUCAGAUGAGGAAGCGAUGCUAACUACCAGGGUUGUCCGCCGACGAGUGAUUAUUCAGGGAGAUGAUAUGCCUGACAUACCCCCGGAAACAGUCACAGAAGAAGAAUACAUCGAUGAGCAGGGACACACUGUGGUAAAGAAGGUUACUAGGAAAAUCAUUAGGCGGUACGUCUCCUCUGAUGGCACAGAGAAAGAAGAGAUUACGAUGCAGGGAACACCACAGGAUCCCAUCAACAUUGAGGAAGGGGAUGGCUAUUCCAAAGUCAUAAAGCGCAUUGUGUUAAAGAGUGACACUGAACAGUCGGAGGUAACUUUGUGUGAGCCCAGCAUUUUGUCCAGUACCUCACAAUUUCAGGCUGAACCAGUGGAAGGCCGUAGAGUCAGCAAAGUUGUUAAAACAACUGUGGUACAUGGAGAGAGGAUGGAGAAGCAUCUGGGGGAUUCUAGUUUAGCCACUGAUCUUCCUUCAGCCAAAGAUGACUUUGAAGAGGCUCUGAGUUACACAGGUAGCCACAUGAAAGUCCACUCCCCCAGUUUAGUAGAGAAUGAAAUCCUGAAGGAGGAUGGAUCAAUACUUAGAAGGACAACAAUGAGUAAAGCUAGAACCCAGAAGAGGGCUGUGGUGAAGGACCAGCAUGGAAAACGCAUUUACCUGGAGCACCUGGAGGAUGUCCCAGAAGCACUAGACCAGGACGACCUCCAGCAUGACCUCAAGCGACUCCUUCGGCAUUUCUGCAAGGAGGACUUGAAGCAAGAGGCCAAAUGAGAGGCUGUCCAAUUCUCACACCAGAAACCACACAUUCACUCGAUAUGCAACUUCCCGUUUCAUUAGAGGAGUGAACUAACUGGCUUGAUGAAUGGGAUUUCCACCCUUAGCAUAUACACUGCAUUUUUGAGUUUUUCCCCAUCCUCUUUAACUGUAAGCUAAUUUGUGACCAAAGAUAGCAUCCUUCAUCCUGGAUGCUGUAUCCACUCCUUCGUUGUGUCUGUGCUCACCUGGGACCUGGCCACCUCCAUUAUUCUUCUUGGCUUCUGCACAAGCUCCAUGAAAAUCCAUUGAACAGAAGAACUUCACCUGCAGACCUCUUCAAAUGACGAUACCUAGGAAUCCUUCAAAGAGAUACCCGUGUACAAUAUAUAUAGCUAAAAUGCUCAGACGAACAACAUAUUAAAACCAGUGCCUGUCGUAACUACACUGGGCAUCACGGAAUAAAAGGCCUCUAGGAAUUGCUGAACAAUGGUUCACUAAGAUAUUGCUAACACAAUCGAACGUAAUACAGUUCUCCUGCAAAAGAAGCACUUCAGACCUACCAUGUCCUUAGAACUUCCAGAGUAGCCCUGGCUCCUAGUGAAAGAUGGGUUCAUAACCUUGAAGAACUGUCCUAACUAAGCACUUAUUGCUGGUGCUGGCCAGCUGUGAUUUAUGACUCUCCAGCAGCCACUGAGGGAGGGGAGGAAGGGAGAAGUGGCAACGAGGUGAAGCGGUGAGGUAUUCAGUUGCCAGCAGUGGCAUCCUGCAGCUGUCUAGCAUCUUCAGGUCCUUUAGAUUUGGGACAUGUUGGCAGGAUAUUUUAAAAAGCUAUAACUACUGUAGUUUUCCAGUUUUCAUUGCUGCUUUAGCAAACCACGCUGUCUUAUUGGUGGUACUUUCUCCUGGCCACUGCACUGUAGAUAAUUCAUUGGAAACAAGAUUUGCCCCCUACACAAACGGUUAAACUCCUUCACUGUGUUGGAGUGGUUUCUUUCAUUUUUUUCUUCCAGGUUUAUAUCUUCUCUAAUACCUGCAUGUAGCAUUUAAGAAUCAAACCACAGUUCAAACCCAUCUUCUAAUCACAUUGAUGGUUUUCAUUCUUUUUACCCUGAGCAAGCACUUUUCACUUUUCAGCUAGGUCUGUUUUUUUAGCUUGCAGACGAGAUUGAGAAAUCCUGAAAAUUUUGGUUUGGGUUGAAAUUUUGGGUUUAUUUAUUUGAAAUCCAAACUCCCUUGGAAACCCUGAAGUGCAUUUGUGCACUUUCCUGUUUGUUUGUUUCAAAGAAGGGACUUUAAUCAUCUGAGUGAUUUCCAUGUCCUAUUCCUUAUUCCUCUAGUGGUGGAAGCUGUGUAGCAUUUUAACAUAUAUAUAUAUAUUCACAAAUAUAUUCAUAUAAACGGUAUACAUUUUGAAUCAGUUAUUUGUUAAAGAAAAGUAUAUUCAAUGAAGAUGAAAUUAAAAAAUUUUGAAAACCAGAGUCUAUCCUCCAGGGAUUAAACAUUUUCGAAUUCUAUCUGGUCUUUUCCUGUUGUGCAAAAAUGACUCAUUGUUCUGAAUGUCAAAAACAAAGAUGACAAACAAUGGCAUUUCAUCAUUUCAAGUAAUUUUGCCAAGAGAGAAGAUUUCCUGGGAGGGAGGUUUCCCACAAGCCAGAUCUCCUAAGCCUUGAAUGCUAGCACGUUUGGCAGCUGGAUAGGAAAGAAAGCAUCUUUGGCCGCCAAAACGAAGGAGACCCAUGGUGAAACAUUUUGGACAUACCAUGGCCUCCUUAUCUACACCUUCACUGGAGCUCAAGAAAAGCAUUUCUGUUGUGUUAUUUGCAGUGCAGAUGAUGUCUGUGUAACAACAUAAUGGUUAAUCACCUUUUUUUGAUUUUGAUUUUUGCUGUGUAAUCAAAAAACUUGAAUAAUGUGAGAAGAAGUGAAUUUUCAGUUGAUGAAUCAGCAUCUUGUUCCCAUGGUGAUAACACUAAUUGAAUAUAUCUAUGAGGGCAUGUAUUAGUUAAUGGAAAAAAAUACAACACUAACAAUACAUAGCUGCAAUGUGUACAAUGGCUGAUUUAAUUAAAUAAAAUGUACAAGUGUCAAGUGUGGCAA